UCCCCCGGGCGCGGCGCUCUUCGCCGCCAUCUCAUUGUCCCCGCCGGGGCUGCCGGGGGCGUCGGGCCGAGCUCGGCGGCCUCUCCCUCUGCCGGGCCUGCGCCCCACUCCGGGCGGCGGCGCUCCCGCUGGGCCGCGGGGGCGGCCCGGGCGGCGGCGGGGGAUGCGCGGGCGGAGCGGGGGUGGCGCUUCCGCCGCGCGGGGCACGGUGGCGGCGGCCCCCGGCCGGCCCGGGAGGCGGCGGCGGCGGAGUUGGUGCCGCGGCCGCGGGGAGGGAAAGUUGCGGGAGCUGGUGGGCUGUCCGGUUCGGCCCGGCCCGACCUGCCACCUGGGGCUGGGCCGAGCCCGGGCCGCCCCAGCGCCGCCGGCGUCUGGCUGGCGUCCAGCGGGGACUGGAGGGGCACGAACCGGGGGGAGCGUGGGGCUGGAACCCCAGAGCUGGGGACCCCCCGGCCCGCUGCUCCCGUUGCUUAUCCCCCAGUGUGGUGGCACCGGGGAUAGCGGGGGGUGGGCGGCCGGCCGGGCCCGGCGCGGGGAGGCAGCCCCAGGGUGUUUCCCUGCCCCUCGGGGCGGGAGAAGCAGCAGGAUGAGCCCGGGGGGUAGUUUGGACUGGCUGGUGGUACUGGAGCUGGGAACCGCGGCCCCGGGGAGAAGCCAGGUGUAGGCGAUGGCCUCUGACCGGUGCUGGGGGUGGGAAGAUGCAGAAACACCAAGCUGGGGUCCUGUGCUGUUGAGCAGCAAAAAUAACAAGGGUUUUGCUUAGUAGAAAGAAUUCAGUGAUGGGUGCUGGUGACUGGCCUGCACUGGGACACCAAACUGUGCUUUUUGUGUGUUCCUGGGGUGUGAGUGGUGGCUGGGAGAAAGAAGAUAGUAUCCCUAGAACAACUUAAAGGGAUGUGACUGCCAAGUAUCAGUGUCAAAAAACUUAGUUUCUGGUAAGGCAGUGUGAGUUUAAUUAUGCUAAUUGGGCUGCUGUGUAAGUGGGGGUGGUUUCAGUCAUGUCCCCUGUGAUUUUGUGGUACUUAUAGCUCUAUAGAGUUAGUCUAGCCAUAGUGUUUAUUAAGUUACUGAGGGACAAAAAGCCUUCUCCAGAUCGCACCACUGAUGCAACUCUGAAAUUGUUUCGUGUUUGGUGUGAUGGAUGACAUUAAUGUCUGGAUUCAGAUAUCUUAAGACUUGCUUAACUUUUCCAUGUUAUUGCACUAGUGAUAGGGGUGUUACAGAAGAAGAAUUAAUCCAGAUUUCUGGAUCCAAAGCAGUUUUGCCUUGUCUUGUGAGAUUUUUUUGUUCGUCUGUAGAUAGCAAGGUCAUUCGAUGAGCAUUUCUGUACUACAAUCCCCUAAUCCGUGAAAAAACCACUGGACCACAAGGCAGCGCGUAUGUUGUCUGUUGAAAGGUGUCCUGGCUAUGGAAAGAAGUUCUUAGAUUGUGGAACUAGCGGCCAGUUUAUUAUUUCUUUCUUUCUGACUCAGCUGUGAUGAAUUUUUGGUGGGUAGCCUGAGCAGGCACAUGUCGUGUGUGCAGAGGUUUUUGAAAUGGCAGCAGGAUUUCCUGGUGAGCGGGAGGCUAACUCCAGGGUUAUGAUUAAUCUGAUAGGAUGUAAUCUUUGCUGGCUGCUCAACACAAGAGUGUUUGGUUGAAAUUCUUGGUUUCUACUGCUGACAGACAUGCUUGUGGUAUUACAGCAGUUGAAGGGGGUGGUGGGAAAAGGUAUUUUUCUCAAGAUGAGUGAACAGUUAGUGCUGGCUGUGGAGGUUCAAAGCAGCCCUUCUACAAACCCUGCAAUUGAGGACUGGAGCACGUGGCAGCUUCAUGGUCUCUGAUGAUUCUGAACGUUUUAUAAACAUUCUGAAGUUGAUAAAUUCACUAUGGGAGAUGGCGUUUAUGGCCAAGUGUCCAGACACAAUAUGCUGUGGAUAGUUUUGAGGGCAGCUGGAACUCUGAUCUAAGAGCUUUGUGACUGGCGUCUCCAAGCUUUUCAGCUCCUGUCUCUGUCCACAGCCUGCCCUUUGUAUUGUGCAGAUUUUUAUGUGGCAUCUACUGAAACUGCAGCACACCUUUUGAUAGGUGAGGCUUAUGACCAUUGAAUAUUUCCAUGCAUUGACAAAAUUAGUUACUUGGGAUGUUCAAAACCUCAACAAGUAAAUAUUUUUAAUUGAAAGAACCUUUUCCUAGAGAAGAAUAUGUACCUCAAGGUUGCUCUGGUGACUUUGGAUUCUCUCUUUUGCCUUCAUUGCAAAGAUUUGCCCCGAUACAAGGUGGCUAAACAUUGGCAUUUUAAAUAGUGUUUUAGUGGGCGGGUGAGCCUCUGGAAGUGUAAGGGUACAGUGGGAAAGAAAUGCUUAUUUGUAAUGACUUUCUAAGAAAAGUCAUUUAUUGUGAUAAGAAAAUACCUUUAUCAUAAUAUUUGUUAAUUAUUUUCUGGUAUCAUGCACAAAAGACUCAAACACCCUGCUGAAAAUUUGAAAGUGCUUGUUCUGUAGUUAACACAGGAGGUACUGAAAGCAGCAUUCUGGACUUCCAAGUGCCCAAGUGUUUGGAUGAGGCUCUGGCUACUGGUGUCAAAAUCAGUCAAAACCAGAAGGUGAUACUGAAGUCUGGCACCAAGAUAAGGAUGUGCCUUGCCUAUAUCUGAUGUACUGGCUUUGGGAUUUGAAAUGUCAACCAAAAAAUCUGUAAGAUGCUUCAUGCUUUUUUAAAGUUUUUGCAUUUUGCUUGUGGUCACUCCAGUUUACCAUGUGGAGCUCUGAAACUUGCCCAUUGUCAAUUACCAUCUCCUCUUGCUUGCAGUGUCACUGUGUUUGCUCAUUUAGCUAAAAAUAGAAGGGAGUAGAGUUGGUUUUCAUUCUUGGAAGAGAAAUAUGUAUCCUACCAAGUUUGAGUUCACUGGCAGAUAACUGUUUUGUUGUCUCUGUCCAGGACAUCUAGAAAUAUGCUUUGUUAUUAGCAAUAUUUUUAUUUUACAAACUGAUUUCACCUUGUUGAUUUAGGUGUUGAAUAUGUGAUCAGAAUACAAAUAUGUAUUUCUUUAUUCCUCUAGAAAACAAGAAGUUGAGAGAACAUUAUGACCUUCUGUUGUAACUUUUCAGUCUGAAAAUAUGCUUUCAAAACCAAGUGUUGUUUUGGGAAGGUCCACACUAUUUUUUUAUUUUAUUUUUUUUAAGGUAGUCAUCACAUUCAGGUGGCUGAAGGCGCUGCAGAGGGAAUCUUCUCCUUAGUUCUGAUUUCGUAGCUACUUGCUAGUUUCUGACACGUCCUGUUGGAUAUCUGAAUGCAGGUGAUGGUUUCACCGCUUGACAAUUUGUGUGUAUCAUCCGUGAGGGAGUGCCUAGUAACUUGCGUCCUUUUGCUGACGUUGGAAGGAACUACUCUCCUGGUUUUGAUAGUUUUGCCAUGUUUCCUCAUUUGUAUCUCUGCAGGUAUUUUAAUAUUUCAGAAAAUGCUUUUUAAUAAUAGAAGUAUGCUUGACAAAGCAGGAUGCAUUGGACAAUAGAUUCCUCACGGUAUCUUUACUGGGCCAAGACUGUACCAUGUGUAGGUUCAAUAUAAACAUGAUAAAUCUGGUAACUAUGCUUUCAAAUUUUGCAAUCUCAAAGCCACCUUAUUUUGUAAGAAAAUGCUCAUUUAUAAGUACGGGUAAUACGGUAUUUGGUACAACUGGUCCAAAUGUAAGCUUUUGCCCUCCCUCAAGCGUUCAAGUACUCAACUUCUAUACCGCCAAAUGCUGAUGAUUCCACGAUGAUGAUGCUGGUCCUACCCAGGGUGGAUGUGUAGACUCAGCCUUUUGAUAUGCAAAAGGCAUUGCUGGCAUGACGUCAUUUGGUGGGACAGGCCUCUCAGCCACAGUUGCCAGCAUUAUUAGACACGAGAGCUUGAUGUGGGAGUGUAUUCUGAGCUCCAGUCACACAGUUGUUAAUCACUUAUUGCAGAAUUAAGAGCCAGAGGUUGAAUUCUUGAGCCUGUCCUCCUUCAGCUGAAAGGCAACUUGUUUCAGGUGGUUCCCAAAAGUAAUGUUUUCCUAGAAAGCAGCAUGAGGCAACAUCCAGCUUUGUCCCUUGCUGUGCAGUUCACCAGAAUACUUGCUAUUUAUUCUAUAAAUAGGUCUAACGAGUCUAUAUUCUGUAACUCUCCAUAUAGCAGACUUGUCUUAUAUUGGGAGGUUAGCUGAGUGAAAACAGGGUUGACAGAUUUUUCAGCUCCUAAGAAAAAUAUGUUUCUUUGUAGAGUUAUAUGGGAAUAGAUUUGUGUGUCAGAAAUGUUUCUAAAUGUCAAAUAUUUGUCUACAAUAAAAUAAAAUCAAAACUAUUCAUCUUGGAUGCUUUUUUUUUUUUUGUAUACUAAAGGAUAGCACGUGGUCGUUUUUGAAACAAAAAUCAAAUUACAAGCUGAGAAUCUGUUCUUCCCCAUGUGAGGCUUUCUCUCUCCUUUUUAGUUAGAAUCCCCAAGGACCAGGAAGAUACCAAUGGGUUAGUGUUUAUAUGUGGAAAAUAAAACUUCAUUUGCUGAGGGAUAACGAAUUCCACCAUAAGUGAAUGAUAAAUAUGCCAGUUUUCCAUUGUUAUUUUCUUAGAUGUGUGCACUAGGACCACAGAAUCACAGAAUGCUAGGGACUGGAAGGGACCUCAAAAGAUCAUCUAGUCCAAUCCACAGGAGCUUGUUCCUGCCAGAGGCUUUGUACAAGAUGGCUGAGCUGACCUGAGAGCGGAGUCUCUUUCUCCACAGCUGCCCCGUUCCUUUGUGCGCUGCUGCGGCUGCUGUGACUUUUCCCUGAGAGAUGAAUUCCCCACCUGGCAAAACCCACCUGCUUGGAAGGGGUGUUUUUCUCCCUGGUGAAUGAAUUGAGUCAGGCCAUCAGAAUAAGGUGUUGCUAGGGGUGAUGCAAGGACAGCACCAGGAAUGUUUUAGGGAAAAGUGGUCCUGGAACUUGUGACCCUUCCUUCAGGUGGGAGGUUCAGAGUCGCUCAGCUGCAUGUGCUUGCCCUGGGUGGCAAUGUUCAGCUUGGAGCCCGUCACUGGGUAUGAAGUUGGUGUUCCUGUGGGUAACUCUCUCACCUUUCAGCAUUCCCCCUGCCAACUCUGCUCUCUGUAGCCUCUGUUCUUCCAUUCUCUGCGGCUGGUCCUGUCUGCCUUACCCUGAAUAACUUGGUGUCCUCAGCAAAUUGUCAGCAUUCACCUCCUUUGCCAGAUGCAAGAACGUUUCAGAUAUUUUGGGCUCUGGCUCAUAUUCCUAUGGGACUUUCUUACUCUAUUGUCAAAAAUGACCAUUUGUUUUGCUUUCUGUUUGCUUUCUUUUAACCAGAUAACCUAUCCAUGCAAGGCCUUUUAUUGCCAUGGUAGCUUAAUUUCUGUAAGAGCCUUUUGUGAAGAAUCAUGUUAGAUGUCUGUUGGAAACUAAAGCAGGCUUUAUCAAGUAGGGUCCAUUGGUGUGUGGGUAAAUGAUGUUCUGGAGUUUUGUGGAAUUUGACUUUCCUGUAUAAAAUUUGGGUAGAUUUCCCUGUCUAAAUGCUGUCAUCUGUUUAGCUGUCUACUGAUCUGUCUUGUAAAAUAAUUUCUAAGUUAGGCUCACUAGACUGUGCCAUCAAAAAGUGUUAGCUGAGAGAGAAAACACUAUUAUAAAUUUUGCUAAUUUUGUUUUUCCUGUAGCCUUACUUUAAUAGGACACUGCUUGGGGGAGAGGAAUUAAGAAUCUCUCUUCUAAGAAAUGAAUAUUUUAAAGAAUGUUGAGAAACUUGGAUAUUUUGGGAUCUUUGUUUUCCAGAGUUCUGUGGAAAUUGGUCCAGAGUCUGAUAGUUACUGGUAGCAGGAACUGAAGAGAAGGGCAGAGAGAGAGAAGGAUAAGCACACAAAAUACAGCCAUGUUGGUCUGUUUCUGUUGGAUACUGAGCUCUAAAAAACCAAAACAAUAUGGUUGCAGUGAUACUGCAAAACAAAUAAUAUAGUAGAGGGAGUGCACUUCACCAUGAUAGAGAUCGUCCUUAACUUACAGAGCUGAAGUUAAAGGAUUCGCCUGCCUUUGAGGGCUUCUAAACUGGGGUCUGUAACAUUUGCGUUUUGCUCUGGGAAUGAAAUUGUGAGUAAAGAUGGAGAAUUAAAAUGGUAUGGAAUAGCUACCAAGCCUUUUGAAGGACUUAUCUGAAAGAUUGCAACAUUUUGGGUACUCCACCCUUUUAGUUACAGAUCAUGGUUUGUUUAUUCUUCAUCUUCUUUUUAUUCCAGAGUCCCAGUGUUUUUCUUCAGCUCUUUGAGGCUUUUUCUGUUUUAGCGCUAGCUGAUUUUUUUAAACUUGUAUUUACAUAAAGCAAAUAAAAGUUGCCUGUAGUGUGUCCUUUGUCAUCCCUCUAAAAAGGGUUGGUAUAGUGGGUCAGAAGAAAUGGCAUAAUUUCUGUGGCUUGUGCAUUUUUCUUGCCUUCUCCAGCGAAAUGGGCAGCUUUUUUCUCUUUAAUAUGUGUUGUUUCUGUAAUCUCCACUUGGAACAGUGAUAAGAUGGAGCUGAAAUUUAAUUUGUUUCAAAAUGAUUUAGGGAAUUUUUGAAUACUAAUUAUUAUGUUAUUGUACAAAAUGCUGGAUGCGUUCCCGAAGAGGAGGAGAUGUGGAAAAUUGUACUAUUUUAUUUAAAAUGGCCAAUCUGAAUGAUGGCAGUGGUGUUCAUUUGCUGAGAUGGAGGAGAGGACGGUAGGUGGAAUGGCAGCAAGAACUUGCAGUUCCCCAAAGCUGGAGUGUAAUGAGUAGAAUGGAAUAAUCCACUCUUCACUGUUGUGAGUGGGAGAAUGCAGGCAAUAGACUUAGUCAAAUUUCAGGUAUAACCUAUGAUACUGGCACUGUCAGAAAAGGCAUGAAGUGAAAUGCCCGACUUCUGACAUUUUUCUUAAAUGUGUAUUGCAGAUUUUUCUUAAACAUGUUGUUUCAGUCUCUUUCUGUUAUGCUUAGUUUUCUCCCCAAAACAAACCAGAGAAGCUGUUGCCUUUUGCUCUGCAAAAGGAAGUUUUCACACACUUUUGUGUCCGUUGGUGUGUGUAACUAUAGAGCACCAGCCUUAUAGAGUGACAACACUGGUGCCUGGUUGUCCAGUGUUAACGUCCUAUUGCCUGAGGUGGCUAUUGAAUUGACUUCCUUGUCUUUAAUUGAAAUAUUUGUUCAUGUCAUAGGCAAUAAAGCUGGUAAAAAAAAGCUGGUAUACCUUACUUUUCUGCUUUCUCAUUACUGUUUGUUGAUUGCAAUCAAAUUGGAAAGUUGAGAGGGACAAUGUUGUUGGUGAGGAAUUAGAAUCAAAGGAAGCAAUGUGUCUUGUGGGGAGCAGGGGGAAGAAUUGUGAGUUGUAGCUGCCAUUAUUUCCUAGGCGUUUUGUUUUCCUAGGCAAAUACAUUGUUACACAACCGCUAAAACUUGAAAAUGUAUCCUUUUCAAAACGGUGAGAAUAUUUUGUUAGGGGGCUCUGCCAGGACUGUGAGCAGCACCAGGCCUUUUGGAAGAGAGUUGUCGACAGCUUACCAGCAUCAUUCACCAUAGCAUUUAUGCAGAACUUGGGUCUCUCUCCCUCUAAUGCCAGGAUAUACCACCAGUAUUUUCUGUAGUAAAUUCUGAAGUAUUGCUAGGGUAUGUCACUUGUGUAGUUCAUUUUAUUGUGAAAUACACAGCUAAGAAUUACCCUUUCACAUCUUACUUGCCCAUAAAUUUUUGGCAGUCAGCUCCUUUGUUGUCAAACAACUUCCCUGACCUGCAGUCCUGCUUUGACAACACCCACAUCUAGAGUUUGACUAUUGUAUCUGCCCCUGUCCCAGUGACAACGUGUUGCUCCUUUGUAAGUUGUGUUUGCAUUCAAGCUUGUGUCAAAAGAUAAUGACUUUCUGUGACAGUAAUCACAAAAAGCAUUCAGCGUGUGGGACAAUUGGUGCUGAUUUGUAGCUCUUCAAUUCUGAUCUCUUCACCUACAACACUGGUAAAUAGCAAGUAGUGCCAUUGUGAAAUGUUAAAGUGCCAUUAGAUUUGUUUAUACUGUUUGAAUCCUGCAUGUGCAGGUUCACUAGUACUGGGAGGGGCGAGCAUGACCCAGGGGAAAGCUUAUGGAAUUAAGCUAUGAUGGGACAAAUACAUAAUUGAAGAACAUGAGUAUGUACAAAAAUAUUGGCUUGCAGCUCACUAGAAGAAAUAUUUGCUUGGUGGGUUCUCUUUGGACCAAAUGAGGUGACGGCAGAGCAACCAAUACUGUUCCCAUUGCUGCUUUGCUUUGAAUUAGUGUGUUUUAUAAAAAAAAAAAUAAAAAAAACCCCUAGCCUUUUAAAUCUCUGGUCAAGCUAUUGCUAAUAUGCUUUGUGUGUCAGAGUCUUUCAGAGAUGACUCAAAAGAAGGAUUUGUCUCCCAGGUUAGUUUAAGAACCGUUCUGUUCUUCCUGUGAGCUCCUGCGGCUGACGUUACUGGCAGAGUUCCCUGAAAUGGAGGCUUAAGUUGGGAAGACAAAAAGCUGUGGGGAAGAAAGGGAACAACAUGUUAGUAGAAGGUUAGAAAUGAUCUGAAUGUCGUCUUUCCUUCUUAAUGGCAAAAAAGACCAACACUUUAAAACACAGAACAGCUUUGUUUGGAUUUUUUUCGUAUCUGUAAGUUCAGGCAGUUAAGGACUUAGUUGCUGGGAAUUUUUUUAAUCCUAAAGGGGAACUUUGUUUAUUAUAUUGUUAGAGAUGGCUCAGAUGAGCAUGCCUGUGGUUGACAUGGGUAUGGUUAGGCAGUUAUUAAAAUCUUGUUUCAAAUAAUGUAUGCCUCUGACAAACAAAGCAUUCAGACUGGAAAUUCCCACAUUAGGUUUUUACCUGCAGAUUGAUUAUUUUUUUUGGUGUUCCAACAAAAAUUAUUCAAGUUAAUUCUUGAACAUGAGAUUAAAGAUUUUUUUGGAGCUGUGGUAAAUUUGCAUUUUUUUUUCUAUGGAUUUCAGUGGGAAACUGCUGCUGAGUUUUCCUGCUUUAGGGUAGAGACCUCUAGUUGAUCUGUUCUGUGGUUUUAGUUUGAUAGCUCUAAGUUGUUACUUUAAAAAAACCUAAAAAAUCCAUGUAGCUUGACCCGUUCAUAGGUGUCUGCAAAACAGUAAAUGGUAUCUUGGUAGGGACUACUAGCUGUGUUUUUUGAAGCAGAUCUGCGCUUAGCAGAUUUCCUUAUUGUGCAGAUUUUGCAUAAGGAACAGAUUGCAUGUGCCACGGUGAGAGUAACCUAGGCUGUAUCCUGUGUAAACACAAGUCACUCCCCAUAUCUUAUGCAUGACUUCCAGGGUUUGAAGACUAGGUUUCAUAUUCUUCAUAGUCACUAAGCUUCUGAAAGGCAGAUCUUACCAAUCCUUUUGUGCUAUAUUUGUGUUUUCUCCAAAGCAUGCAAGUUACUGAGAGCGCCAAUAAUGAAGAAUGUUUUUCCUGACUUUGUUCAGGAGCGAACAUUGUUGGAUACUGAAAUGUUGUUGGAUGCACGAGCUGAAAUCUUCUGGUUUUGUGCUUGAGCAGUUUAAAAUGUCAUAGUGGAGUAUGAAGUAAAAGAACAACGUGAACUGCUUUUACCCUUGCCAGAGCUAACUGAUGAUGUCGAGAUCAGAAAUGUUAGUGUCUCAAAGCGCAUUACAAAGGGAAGCAAAAGUGCCCAUAUAUAGAACUUCUCGGUUUUGCUAUGAUACCCAAGUGGGAGGUUACUCUGGGGAGCUGUUUGGUGGCUUCAUUUGUUGUGUGAGUAUCGGUGCUGUCACUGGUGGGACCCUGUGGCUCUAAUACCAUCUUCCCCCCAGGUUCUAAAUAAACUGAUCGUACCUGAUGAGAAAAAUUGAGACCACCCUGCCCCCUUCAUAUUCUGUUCCUUACAAUCUUUUUUUCCUUACUCUCCAGCUUAUAAGAGUUUUCUUGUAUCACCAACACAGAUUGAACCUUGCAGUUAUGUUCUUUGAAGAACACUACCUAAAACGUUUGAGUAGUUAAUAGGUUCAUGUAAUACCUGUUUUGCAGUCUUCUAGCACUUGGCUUUCCAGCAGAAACACACUAUUUUGUCCCUAUAAUUAUUUUUCUUUAGAAACAGUGGUUUAUUUUUAGAAAUUGCAAAGUCUUUAUCAUUUCAAUGUCUUCACCCUCUAACUGGGACAUGCUGUGUUGUGAGACUAUACGUUAUAAGGAUUUUUACUGUUGAAGUUUUAUUUAAUGAAAUAACUGGUAUGGGGGAGGCUAUUAAAGUGUGUUUCUAUCUAAUUAUUUUAUUGUAGUUUUUUCUUUUUUUUUUUUUUUUUAUUGCUGGAAUCCAUAGUGAUGUAACUCUGGAUCCAAAUUCAUGUUGCUUUUACAGCCACUAUUCAGUAUUUAAGUUGCAGCAUUCCGAGAUCUCUGUCCAGUCUUGUGUUUAACUACUGUAACAAUGGGCUUGUACUAGAAUGGUUAUUUAUUUACUUUUACUUUUGUGGUUCUGCCUGGGCUUUCUUUGUUCCUGGAAGAAUAUGGAACAAAAAAAGGAUGAAUAGAAAUGAGUUAAUCCCUUUCUCUGUCUUGAGGGAAGAUCAUUUACAAUAUUCUUGACAGAUGCUUGUCUAAUCUCUUAAUUGCUGGAAAUUCCACUGCAUUUCUUAAGCAGCUUAUUCCAGGGCUUUAUAUUCUUACUGCCUAUUUUUUUUUCCUAAUGUUUAACUGAUGCAAUUUAUAGUAAACUUUGAUUUCUAUUUGGUCAUGUCCAGUUUUUGAUGUACCUGGAUGUAUUUGAGCUAUCAUUUUUUCCCUUGAUAUCUUCUCUAACACAAACUGUGUGUCUUUAUAUUCCAGUUCUUCCAGUGUUUCCCAUAGAUCUUUUCUUGUCUUCCGAUCCAGCUCAUUGCUUUGUAGACCUUCUCCCAUCAGUUCCUAUCUGGAAGCCUGGAGCCCCAAACUGUGCACCCUGCUUUAAUGCUGGAAAAUCUCCUAGUGCUGAGUGUAUUGCUCUCUGUUUAUCUAUUAUGAAGAGAUUUUCCAUUGCUCACUGUUAUCCUUUUGUCUGUAGUUCAUGUGGGGCUUUGCAAGCAAUCCCAGUGUCUGAGGUUCUGCAUUGGCCUGUUCUUGGUUGUGUAUUUGGAGUCACUGUUGGUUUCUGUCGCUUGGUUCAUCAUUCUCACAAAUGGAGGAAUGAAAACCAGGAUGGGAACCAGCACAGAAAACAGUUGUCACUGGUGAACAAAUCAAUAUUUGCCCCUUGGUAAAAACAGCUUCCCCUGCGUGGUUACCAAGAUAUACAAUAUAAACAUUUCAUUAUUUUUUUGGCUGAUAGCAUUUGACCAAAGCUGUGGUUUUCUUACUUGCUCUUGUCUGUGAGGAUCAGGACUUUCCUUUUUGAUGUCCUUGCCUGAUGCAGUUGUCUGUGUUGUCAUUUGAUUAGCUGCAGUCUUCAAUAUUCAUGAAGUGAAGAAAGGGGCUGCCUUGUUUGUUCAGCGUCAAGCUCCUGAAAGCGUACAUGGAACAGCGCUUUCUCUACAUCCUUUGAUUUCAAAUGCUGGGGUUUUGUUAUGAUAAAAUGCUACAAAUCUUCAUGAGUACUUUUGACAACACAGAAAGAAGAUACGCUUUUUUUUAUGGUAAAAUAGAAGUUUUAAGAGAAAAGAAAAAAGCUGGGAAACAAAAAUUUAAAAUGUUAAAAGUGAAAAAGAGAUACAUUUAAUGUCAAUAUAGUCUGUUUCUUACUGUCUUCCUCUAAAAUUUGUCUAAGAAACAACUCUCUUCUAGCACAGACUGUAUUCUGAACUUACGUUUCUAUAAGACUGUAGGUAUACUUUUGUACCAAGUAGUGAGGUUUUGAGCCUUGAAACCAAUCUUCUAGUUAUUACUUAAUUAACAACAUUUAUUUAUUAACUAUUUGGAUCCUGGCUUCUUCAUGUAGCAGUAUUUAUUUCCUAUCACUGUAUAAUCUUCAGUGAAUAAGUUUAGACAUUGAUCUGAAUUGUUACUGCACUAUUUUAUGUGCAUGAUGAUCUGAAACUUGCAUUUCAUUCAUUGCUUACUUAAUUUGAAACUCUGCCUCUUACUGUGUUUUACAAGCUAUUUUUUCUUGGGACUUGUAGAGUUGCAAUGGAACUAGCCUGUGUUUUCUAGGCUUUCCUGAAUUUUGUAGCUUUAUAUUGAUAAACACGCCUAAUAUUUUCUUUUUUUUUUUUUUCAGUGUAUCUUUGUUCUCAAUUAGUGUUUUUCCACCUUUUUUUUUUUUUUUUUAGGUGACAAUCACUGCUAUCACCUUUGCUGCCCUCCUGUCACCCCAAGUGUCUGCUUUUGACUGAUGAGCCUCUGUUCCCUCCACCCUUGUUGCUGUUUCUCUCCGAGCAGUUUGGCUCCCUCUUGGAGCACAAGGGGCUUGUUCCCGGCUGUGCUCCUGGUAGGCAACAAGUGCUCCAUACAGCUCGCAGAAUAAAAUAGGGGUAUCGUGUGUUUCACUUAGCAGUUACAAUGCUGUCUGCACUUGCCAAACGGUCAGUAGCCACUAAGUUUAUACUUAAUUAAUGAGCAGUUGGUUUGUCAGCAGAUGAAUAGGUCUUUCUGUAGUGAAAAAACUUAAGAGGACCAUGAUCGAACAACCUUCCUUUCUUCCUGUGUGUCCUCUCUUUGUUAAGCUGCAGUUCCCCAGCAGCGUUGGCUGUAUUUUGCUGUGCUGUUUGGUGGUUGUUAGUAAAGGCAUGUUGGAAGACAGGUAUCUCGGCAGGCUAGAGAGUAGUUUGUGGUCUAAUGUAUAAUAAUUGUGAUACUGAGGUUUGUUUGGGGGUGGAGAAGUACUUGGUCUUUUGAUUCUAUACUUCUGUGGCAACCGCAUUUCUUAUUGUGGCUCUCAGCCUGACAGAAGUUGCUUUGUGCUGUAAUUGAGCAUUUUACCAGGUGUAACAGCGGAUAGCGCAGGAGGAAAUGAUUUCUCAACCAACCUGGCCAGUUCUCUGAGAAAAUGGGUUUCUCCGCUAUCAUUGCAAUUCCCCAUCAGUGCUUUAUUCUUCGAAUGUACCACUCAGGGAAAAUCAUAUCUUCCAUAGUUAUAUCACUUAUCCUACCAAUAUAUUGCCCUUUUUAAUAGGCUGGGAAGAAGCUAAUAAUCGAUCCCUUACUUUCCUCUCUAGGAGCCCUUAAAUAUCCAAAGCAAAAAAAAAACCAAACCAAACAAAAAAACCCCACCCAAACAAACAACACCCACCGAAAACCCCACUCAAACAAACCAACCACAACCAACCACCACCACCAAAACCAUAAAACAAACAAAACCACAAACAAGUCAACUGCUCUGAUUUCUUGAGAAUUUGGCACCGUAUAAGGUGCUUGAGCUUUAUGUGUUUAUAUCAAAAUCUAUUCAGUCUUCUGGCAUCUUUUGCUCGUUUCAUGAAUGUAAUGCACAAUUCCACUGCUGGUUUCUCUUCUGUUUAGAUUUUGUGAUAUUUUGAACAAUCCUUCCCUUGUUCAAGCUUCAAAACUGUUUUCUUGCCCCUCUGUAGUAGCCUAGAGAGGUUUUCCACAGUAACUGUGUGAGAGUUCUUAGUUAAUAGACUUGGUAAGAUUCACUUCAGAUUUAAAGCAAAAACAAGUUUGUGCUUUAGUGUCACAAACUUGUGGCUCUUUCUUAUCUGAAAUUGAAGAAAGAAAUUUAAGGAAAAAGAAACACUUGACUAAAGCAGAGCAGCUGCCAGUUGGGAGGGGAAGCUAAAUGACUAAAUGUGGGGUAUAACAACUUGAAUCAGAAUUUCUUGCUUCUGACAGCAAAGAACAGGAUGGCUUGGUGUUAGUCACAAGAAUCUCACUAGCUAGCUGCAAAGUGAUUUGUCCUUAAAAUCAUCUGCUCUGGUUAGGAACUGUCUUUUUGACCUUGAGGAUUUAUUUUUCCCUGUAACCUGGGGGCUCUGCUCAGAAAAGAGAUCUCAGGCUUUAAAUGCUCCUUUCGGUCUUACCUUGGGCUUGUAAGGACAAUUGUUUGUUGAUUUCAGGAAACCAUUUUAUAUUUGCAAGUCAAAUUGAACUACCAUACUCAAUUGUUUUCCAUUUCUCUGUAAUGCAGCUUAAUUUUAUCCAAAUCUUCAUCAGCCUGGGAAUUUGCAAGCAGAUUAGAAAUAAAAUUGUACAUUAGAGAACAGCCAAUAAUAAACAUCCUUUUAAAAUGUUCACAUUUAAAGAGAGAGAAUCAUCAAAUCCCCUCCUUUUAGAUAUGAGACUGUAAAAUGUGUUCAGGUUCCCAUUUUUCUAGUGCAUUAAAACCUCAUCGUGUUUUCUUUUUUUCCUCCUUUGGCAAUUGAUCUGAUACCUUGUUCUCCCAGAUCGUUCUCCCGGUGUUUGAGUAAGGUCAAGAGCUCCUCAAAAUGACAACCUUUGAUUCUAGUGUAGCUGCCAAAUUGCGUUUUCAUGUUCAAAAAUAUCUUCUGUCUUCAAAGAAAACAUGGACGCUCCUCUUACAGUACCAUUAACCAUUCCAGUUCUGCUCACUGGUGUUAAUGAAUCAGUGCUCCCUCUGAGGAGUAAUUGAAAACUCAUGGAAGAGGCUUUUGUAACCACUGGUAAGGAACUCAUGAAACUUUUUUUAGCUUAAAAUACAGGAUUUUCUCAGCAUUGCUCUCCAAACGCUGGCGAGAUCAUUGUAGCUUCAGUUGAGGGAAAUUUUGCUGAAACUAAUAACAGACUCAUUUUGCGCUCUCUUAACAUCUGGUAUAUCUGGACCUGGAAGAUGGCUGUAUUGACUGCAGUUCAUUUCUGAAUUAAACAUGGGCACCAAAGUGUUGAAGGGUUCCCUAAAUUCUGAUAGCAAAGGAAGGUUCAGGUUUUGGGAGUGCUCAGUGUUGGGCUUCACUAGGAUUGUUUAUUCAGAGGGUUGGCAUUAAAACAAGCUUUUCUUUAAAAAGAAAAGUUGUGUCAGACAGAAACAAGCCUUUGAAAACAGUGAUCUUCCAUCAGUGGAUACUUUGGUGUCUGCCCUACCUUCUGCAGGCAAAGAAGUGAUUGCAGUCUUACUACAGUAGAGUGGCAACUUAAUUGCAUCAGUUUAAUGUGAACUAGUGAAUGUGAUGACCCUACGUAUUCCAUAUGGUCUUCUCAGAGCCUUUUUCUUGACUAUCUAGUUAGAUUUAUAGCACAAGUUGUGUUACUAUGAAGGAGUCUGGGUAUUUCUGUGAUCAAACACAGCUAGAAGACUUCAAUGGAGCCCUGAAGGGAAGAUUGAAUCUUUUAUGUCAGUGCUGUGUGCUAGAUAUGUCAUCACCUCAUAGCAUAAAGUCUAUAAGGAAACUGCAGUUAUGUGUAUUAGUGAAACAAAUGCAGUCACAUAUAGAUGUUUGGUUACACCGCUGAUUAAGGGAGAUGUUGUAUUAUUAUUGUGCUCAUGAUGUUCCUGUCUACAAAGUUAAGUUCUCCUUACAGUUCUGUUUUUGAACGAUACCUUUGGAAACAUAAAGUUUUAGAAAUCAACUUAAAACUUUUUUCUUUUUACUGAAAAGAUAUAAAGAAGAGAAAAAAAACCCCAAACUCAGGCAUAAAAUGCUCAAAUGCAAGCAAGAGUGAGGUUUUUGCUAAAUGUGUCAAAUGGGGAAUUAGCUGUAAGUUCUCUGGGAGCUCUGUAUUUGGCAGUUUUUGUACUUCUGAAGGAUAUGUGAUUUUCAACAUGUCUGUUUUAGGACACUGAACACUUGCUAUAAGCAUAGAGUGACGUCCAAGUUUGAGCCUGCAGGUUAGACAGGUGCUUUCCAUAGGAAACGCACCAGUAAUUCCCAGUGUUCCUGGACAACAGAGUAUGCCUGAAGGAGUUACUUUAAAAAGGUAACCUAUUCCAUCUUUUUCUCACUGGCAGUAUUAAGAGCAGAUUUCUGAAUGCUUUCGAUAAAGAAAAGUAAAAAUCUGUGAUGGAAAUUGCUUUAGAAUUGCCUUUGAAGCAUAUAUUUCUCUCUUCUUGUCUCCUCUAACCAGGUAUGGGAAGGCCAAUUGGCAAUUUUGGCACGUGUAUUCUGCUUUGGAGCUGUCCAGAGGCUUGGGUUAGAUUGAUAAUGUAUUUUGGUACAGAUUUUACAAAUGCACAUGAAAGCAGCAUAUCCUUAUUGAAAACCAUUAUUUAGAAUGCGAGGUAUGACAGAGGCAGGAGAAUAUGGUAAUAACAGCAGAACAGAGCAGGCUGAGUUACAGAAUAAGAGGUGAGAUUGCUCUUAUCUUUCCUGCCAGUCAGGGGCUGAGAAUCGAUUAGAGUAGUGUUGGACUUGAAAUAUCUAAUUAAUGAUGAAAAGAGCCACUAGUAAUUUGGACUGUAUCGAACAUGAACUGUAUAAUGAAGUAGGGAGGUGAGCUCAACCACAUUAAAUGGGAGAACCUGUCACAUCUAUAAUAUUAAAAAGCUGUCUUAGUAUUAGAAACUGCAGUGGUAGAGUACCCAGUAAUUUAGAGUAUUUAGCAUUAAAAGUCUGAGCUAAUUAAGGGUAUUAAAAUGGUUGCAGUAAAAUUUGGGUAUUUAAAGUUUAUAAAAGCUCUAAGCAGUAAUUAAGGAUGCUGUUUUAAUGUACAAAAUUCAUUCAAGAUGAGUAAAGAAAAAAAUCCUGCUGCAGCUCACAAGGGGAAGUGUAAAAGGAAAAAUCUGCUUUUAAAUUCUUGUUAUUGUCUCUAUGUGAUUUAGUUAAAUAACUAAGAAACAUGAAACUAGUCUAUCUUCAUAUAUAGUGCAAUUUGGGAUAUUCCCAUGUCCUUGCUAAAAGUGGAAAAGAUAGUCCUUUGCAUGUUUAUCUAAUUUUAUGCUUUAGUUGACAGGGGAUUAGACUCUGAAUUUUUUGUCUGCUCUGUAUUUUCUGAGAUUUUUUCCAUUUUGGUGCCUCUGAGAUCAUGGUUGAAAUAAAAGCUAUACUUUUCUGCCUAAUCAAGCAGCUUCCUUCAUUUUUAGCUGGUGAUAGAUUUUUUUGGUACCGUUUUCUCCAGCUCCCUUGUAGCUGUUGGGCUGUUGCUGCUCAGAAUAAGAAAAGGAAGAGAAACUCUGUGUUGCUAGCGCCUGGCUCUGAAUGACCCUUUUGGUGACAAAACUUCCAAAUCAAGCAGUAGGAGAAAGAUCCCAGCGAACUCCCCAUCAACCUGCAGACCUUUGGGAUCUACCCCUUUCUGCUGGAAUCUUGGUGUUCUUUAUCUAGCUCGUGCUUUUGCUGUUCCUAGUUUGGGCCGCUGCAGUAGAGUCUUAUGGGGACUGGAUUUGACAUUCUUUUCAUGAAAGCGGUUUCCGAGUAGUUGUCUUAUAAUAACUUUGAGAAGAAGUUCUAUGUAGGUCUUACUUUCAAGAGUGCUGCAAAAAUGAUUACUUCAGAUUUGCCAGUAUUACAGGAUUCUACAAAUGAAACUACUGCACAUUCAGAUGCUGGCAGUGAGCUUGAAGAAUCAGAAGUCAAAGGAAAAAGAAAAAGGGGCCGUCCUGGCAGGCCUCCAUCUGCCACUAAGAAACCUCGGAAGUCUCCAGCAGACAAGGGUCGUCCUGAAUCUGGAGCUAGAGCAGCAAGUCGUGGAAGAGCUAAUGGCCACCCUCAGCAGAAUGGAGAAGGGGACCCUGUCACUUUGUUUGAGGUGGUUAAGCUGGGGAAGAGCGCUAUGCAGUCUGUGGUGGACGACUGGAUUGAAUCAUAUAAACAAGACAGGGACAUAGCACUUCUGGAUUUAAUCAACUUCUUUAUCCAGUGUUCAGGAUGUCGAGGUACUGUAAGAAUUGAAAUGUUCAGGAACAUGCAAAAUGCAGAAAUCAUAAGAAAAAUGACAGAAGAAUUUGAUGAGGACAGUGGCGAUUAUCCACUUACCAUGCCUGGGCCACAGUGGAAGAAGUUUCGAUCCAACUUCUGUGAGUUCAUUGGAGUGCUCAUUCGACAGUGUCAGUAUAGCAUCAUUUACGAUGAAUACAUGAUGGACACAGUGAUCUCUCUUCUGACUGGUUUGUCAGAUUCCCAGGUCCGGGCAUUCAGGCACACCAGUACGUUAGCUGCUAUGAAGCUUAUGACUGCUCUUGUGAAUGUUGCCUUAAACCUGAGCAUUCAUCAGGAUAAUACACAGAGGCAGUAUGAAGCUGAGAGAAACAAAAUGAUUGGCAAAAGAGCUAAUGAAAGACUGGAGCUGCUGCUUCAGAAAAGGAAAGAGCUACAAGAAAACCAAGAUGAAAUCGAAAAUAUGAUGAACUCUAUUUUUAAGGGUAUAUUUGUUCACAGAUACCGUGAUGCUAUUGCUGAGAUUCGAGCUGUCUGUAUUGAAGAAAUUGGUGUCUGGAUGAAAAUGUACAGUGAUGCCUUCCUGAAUGAUAGUUAUUUAAAAUAUGUUGGUUGGACACUACACGACAGGCAAGGUGAAGUGAGGUUGAAGUGUUUGAAAGCUCUUCAGAGCCUGUAUACCAACAGAGAGUUAUUUCCAAAACUGGAGCUGUUCACUAAUAGAUUCAAGGAUCGCAUUGUAUCAAUGACACUUGAUAAGGAAUAUGAUGUCGCUGUGGAAGCCAUUCGAUUAGUCACGCUAAUACUUCAUGGAAGUGAAGAAGCUCUGUCGAAUGAAGACUGUGAGAAUGUUUAUCACUUGGUGUAUUCAGCACACCGGCCUGUUGCAGUAGCAGCUGGAGAAUUCCUUCACAAAAAACUGUUCAGCAGACAUGAUCCCCAAGCUGAAGAGGCUCUAGCAAAGAGGAGGGGACGAAAUAGUCCAAAUGGAAACCUUAUUAGAAUGUUGGUUCUUUUCUUUCUUGAAAGCGAGUUGCACGAACAUGCAGCCUAUUUGGUGGACAGUUUGUGGGAGAGCUCACAAGAACUGCUGAAGGACUGGGAAUGUAUGACAGAAUUGCUCUUGGAGGAACCAGUCCAAGGAGAAGAAGCAAUGUCUGACCGGCAGGAGAGUGCUCUGAUCGAGCUGAUGGUGUGUACCAUCAGACAAGCUGCUGAGGCGCAUCCUCCCGUAGGAAGAGGCACUGGCAAGAGAGUCUUGACAGCAAAAGAAAGAAAAACUCAGAUAGAUGACAGAAAUAAACUGACUGAGCAUUUCAUUAUUGCACUUCCCAUGUUGCUAUCAAAGUAUUCCGCUGAUGCCGAGAAGGUUGCAAAUCUCCUGCAAAUCCCUCAGUAUUUUGAUCUGGAAAUCUAUAGCACAGGCAGGAUGGAGAAGCAUCUGGAUGCCUUACUGAAACAGAUUAAGUUUGUUGUGGAAAAGCACGUGGAGUCAGACGUUCUCGAAGCCUGCAGCAAGACCUACAGCAUUCUCUGUAGUGAAGAAUACACAAUCCAGAACAGAGUUGACAUAGCCCACAGCCAGCUCAUCGAUGAAUUUGUGGAUCGAUUCAACCAUUCGGUAGAGGAUCUGCUGCAGGAGGGAGAAGAAGCUGAUGACGAUGACAUAUACAAUGUGCUCUCCACGUUAAAGCGGUUAACCUCUUUUCACAAUGCUCAUGAUCUCACUAAAUGGGAUCUGUUCAGUAACUGCUACAGAUUACUAAGAACUGGAAUUGAACAUGGAGCUAUGCCAGAACAGAUCGUUGUUCAGGCGCUGCAGUGUUCCCAUUACUCCAUUCUCUGGCAGCUGGUGAAGAUCACCGAAGGCUCCCCGUCCAAAGAGGACUUGCUGGUAUUGAGGAAAACUGUGAAAUCCUUCCUGGCUGUCUGCCAGCAGUGUCUGUCAAAUGUCAACACUCCAGUCAAAGAGCAGGCUUUCAUGCUGCUCUGUGAUCUCCUGAUGAUUUUCAGUCACCAGCUGAUGACCGGAGGUCGAGAAGGUCUUCAGCCUUUGGUGUUUAAUCCGGAUUCAGGCCUGCAGUCAGAACUCCUCAGUUUCGUCAUGGACCACGUCUUUAUUGACCAAGAUGACGAAAACCAGAGCAUGGAGGGAGAUGAAGAAGAUGAAGCUAACAAAAUAGAAGCUUUACAUAAGAGAAGAAACCUUUUGGCUGCCUUUAGCAAGCUGAUAAUCUAUGACAUCGUGGACAUGCAUGCAGCAGCAGAUAUCUUCAAGCACUACAUGAAGUACUACAAUGACUAUGGAGAUAUCAUUAAGGAAACCCUGAGCAAAACAAGGCAAAUCGAUAAAAUCCAGUGUGCAAAGACACUCAUUCUCAGUUUGCAACAGCUGUUUAAUGAGCUUGUUCAGGAGCAAGGUCCCAAUUUGGACCGGACGUCUGCCCACGUGAGCGGCAUUAAGGAACUGGCCCGUCGCUUUGCCCUCACUUUUGGCUUGGAUCAGAUCAAGACAAGAGAGGCUGUGGCCACACUACACAAAGAUGGCAUAGAGUUUGCCUUCAAAUAUCAGAAUCAAAAAGGACAAGACUAUCCCCCUCCUAACCUGGCGUUCCUUGAAGUGCUUUGUGAAUUUUCUUCUAAACUCCUGCGACAGGACAAAAAGACUGUCCACUCCUACUUGGAGAAGUUUCUGACAGAACAGAUGAUGGAAAGAAGAGAAGAUGUGUGGCUCCCGCUCAUCUCCUAUAGAAACUCACUAGUUACGGGUGGUGAAGACGACAGAAUGUCCGUUAACAGUGGAAGCAGCAGCAGCAAAGCCUCUUCGGUGAGGAAUAAGAAAGGACGGCCACCGCUCCACAAAAAGAGAGUGGAAGAUGAGAGCCUAGAAGGCUCGUGGCUGAACAGGAACGAAACCAUCCAUACUCCAGGGACACUGCAAGCACCGCAGCUCACCUCAACGGUCCUGAGAGAGAACACUAGACAAAUGGGAGAGCAGAUCCAGGAGCACGAGUCGGAGCAGGGAUCUGAACAGGAUUUUUUACACAAUCCCCAGAUGCAGAUAUCGUGGUUGGGCCAACAGAAGUUAGAAGAUCUAAAUCGAAAGGACAGGACAGGAAUGAACUACAUGAAAGGGAGAACUGGUGUAAGGCACGCAGUACGAGGUCUAAUGGAAGAUGACGCUGAGCCCAUCUUUGAAGAUGUAAUGAUGUCUUCACGAGGUCAGCUAGAGGACAUGAAUGAAGAAUUUGAGGACACAAUGGUCAUUGAUCUGCCACCGUCGCGAAACCGGCGAGAACGGGCUGAGCUGAGGCCAGACUUCUUCGACUCCGCAGCUAUCAUUGAGGACGAUUCAGGAUUUGGAAUGCCUAUGUUCUGAAGUCUGGUGAAGACAUUUUACAAAUUUGGAACUCUAUUGUUUAGAGCUAGAGGCCUAUAUACUGUGAUAGCUUGUAUGAAAACCACAUUUUUGAUGUGAUACAGUUUGAUUUUUAACCAAAUGAUUGAGGUCAAGCCCUGUUUGUAGUGACAGAAAGAAGAGGAACUUCUUAAUGACACAAAGGAAUGUUGGCCAAUCCCGUCACCUCAGGAGGGCUGACCUAAAAAAUCAUUUGUAUGUUCUUGACUGUCCUAAAACAGUUGGGUUUUUUUUUUUCUGGAUGAGGAGGAAGUUUUAAAUUGUUAAGACAGCUGUCAAAAUAAACACUGUUCUACAUAUGUUUUCUGAAAACAACAUUGAGUGAAAACAGAACUUUUUAACUUUAUUUUUCUGCUGUACAAUUUAAAACAGUUUUAACAUUUGCCUUUUUAUGUUUUAAAAGCUAGCCAUUUUUAUUAAACCUAUGCCUAUCAGCCAUUGACUAGCAAUGAUGCUAUAAGCAGGUCAUUCUGGCUACAGAAAAGUGUUUUUGAACACACUGGAUUUGAUUAGCAUUAUGGUACGCUUAUAUCCUCUCAUAGGCAUUGAGAAGAAGAGGUUAGAAUUCUAAUGACGUGCAUCUCUGCCAAAAAAUUUCAGAUUCUGAUAUGAUAAACCCAGAUUUUAUACUCUUGAGAAGAUUUAUUUUUAUUUAUAAUGGGACAUAAGUAAGAGAUGUCCAUGAAGCCACUUUUCCAACAGAUGCUGUGUAACAUUCAUUUUAUAUAGCACAUGGGGACACAAAAACAGGAAAUUUUCUAUUGGUACUUGCUCUGUGCAUUUUUAGCAACUUAUACCAGCAAAUAAAGUAUUCUCAGUAAAACACACAAAUGGUUCUCAAGUAAUCACUUUGCUGUUUUUACUACCUACCUUCAAGCCCUGCCAACCCAAGGUACAUAAACAGCAACUUUCCUAUCAAAAAAUAAUCCAAGGGUAGGGGAAAGGAAUCACUUUAGCAUACUAAAAGCAAUUUUAACUGUACCAUAAAGAAAGUCUACUUUCCAUGCCAUAAAUACCCUUUUGCGCUAUUUUUGUAAAUUAAUUUUGCCAGUUAGAAGUACUGUAUGUGCUGCAUAGAAAUUUGUGCUUAGAUGGUGAAGUUCUUAAGCUUACAAUGGAAUACAGCUACAUUUUCAGUGUUAACUGUGCAUAUUAAGAGUAAUUCUUUGGAAAAAGAAACAAAAUAUGAUUUUUCAAAAAAGUUAAAAACAUCAAAAAAAAAGAAUCCCAAAACCCCAAAACAUUCUCAGCUAAUUCAUUGUAAUAAGAGAUUUUUCAAUGUCUUCAAAAAUUUGGCAUUUCAUUAUGCUUCGAUUUUAUGACUCUGCCUAGUAGCUGCUACUUAGUUAAAACUGGCCUGAUCUCAGAGGUGCUGGCCAUCCACAACUUGCACUGACUCUCAUAUCUCUAAGAAUCAGCCCCAAAAUGUUAAUCUUCCUUUCUGCAUUCUAAUAUUAGCAUCUGAGAUACCAAGCGAUUGACCCACUUGGAGCACAGCAGUUCAGAGGUGCUUUUUUUAGCAACUGCAAAAUAAUCAUGGAGUUUUUUUCUGUUACGAGCUUAUUGAAAAACAAAAUGACGUUAAUGCCCAGUGCUUACUUGCUGGGAGGGAAAGUAAUCUAACUUUAAAAACAAACCAGCAUUUCACUGCGCUGAGGUUUGUUUCUUACAACACGUGCAGUUCUCAGACACGGUUGCCAAAAAUGUCUGACCAGGUAAUGCAGCCAUUCCUCCGAUGUCGGCUGCAUAAUGUGUAAAACCUGAGGAGUAGCUGGAACUUUGUAAAAUAACAUUACCUCCCUACCCCAAAAGUAACAGGGCUGGGCAGGAAUGGCUGCAUUAAAUGGUCAUCACGAGAAUUCUGUGAGCAUAGUAGCAUCAUAAAUGCUGCCUGGUUUGAGUCAGAGUCUCAGACAAACCUUGUGCUUCACAGUCCUCUGUGUGGAAAACUGAUUCCUAAUUUAACAUUGUAGAAUACUGUAUAACAAACAUUUAUUAUCACGGUACCUGCAAUGGGUUUCCAGUUCAGUUUGCAGUCAAUAGGUUUUUGUAUUAUGAGUGUCUCCUUGAUUGGUUUUGCUAGUAAUUCUGUAAAUUGUACAUUUACAAUAUGAGGUUUUUUUUUUUCCUUUUGUACAAUUUAAAACUGAUGCUUCACCUUUCAUUUAAUAAACUAUUCAAAAUCA